CGCACCGUAGGAAGCGAAACGAUAUAACCCCGCUUCCCCCAAUGGAAGAGCGGCACGCGAAACUCCGUUGGAAGGAAGCACCCGAGAGCGGAGCGACAUGGAGGAAACCCUCGAUCUCCACCCGACGCGACCGUCCUCCUCCUGCUCCACCACCGCCUGCCGCGGCCUCUUCACCGCCACCGAGCUCGCCGCAGCGGAGCUGCUCGUCCAACUCAGCGGCAGCAGCGCCUCCUUCUCCGCCGCCGCGACAGCGGAGGAUCGCGCCUCGUCGUCGUCCCCCCGGUCCGUGAACGCGCGGCCGCCGCCCGAAACAACGAUCCUUCCUGAGAACGAGGAAGAAGAGGAGACGGGGCCGUGGAGGAGGAAUCGGCGGUACCGCCCGAUCGCCGACCUCUACGCGGUCACGCUUCCCGCCGUGAAGAGGUGCGGCGAGCAGCGGCGUGAAAGGAAGAGAAGGAUGAAGGAGAAUUAAGUCCAUGAUGAUCGCUACUUUCGGUGGUGUGCAAUAGAGGAGAGGGCGUCGAAGAGUUGAUGCCGUCUCAGCCCCCAGCGAGUUUGGGGUUUAAUCGGCUUUGAAUUGGGUUGCUAUGUGUAUCAGAGACGGACUAAUAUGUAAAUACAUGUUGUGGAAUGAAGGCAAAAACACCAGCCUUUGGUGAUCCGUGGAGCA